CAUUCCAUUUACGUUUUUAUGUUUUGAAAUUGGAAAAAUCGCAUUUUUACACCGCAAUGCAAUGCAAUUAAUUUUAUUUUUAUACUUAGUAUAGUAAACGAAUAAAAAAACAUCCAAUAUGAAUGAUAUUCUUAGGCCAGAGUUAGUAUGGAUUGAAGGCAGAUGUUAUAGACUAAAUGAUGCUACUUCCGAAAUUUCAACUCACGUUGAACAAGAUUUAUAUGAAAAUGAAAUUCCAUUCCAAGAUAUGCAAGAAGAUGAUGAUGAUAAUGAGUUUGAUGUUGAAAUGAUGGAUUCAGGCAGAUAUUGUACAAGUCUCCAUGUUUCCAAACAUUAUCUGGGAAAUAUAAUUGGAAAGAAAGGUGCAAUGAGAAUGCGAAUACAAAGGGACACCAACACAGAUGUCAAAAUCCCAAGGAUUGGAGAAAACAAGGACAUACUCAUAUAUGGUCCAAGCAUUGCAAAUGUAAAAGCAGCUUGUCGAAGAAUAAAUGUCAUUGUAAUGUCUGCUAGACGGAAACAGAGAGCGACCCAUUUUAUUUCUAUUCCACUGAACCAACCUAACAUACAGAAAACGUUUGAAAAAUUCAAGGAAUCUGUGUUACGAGAAUGUCAGAGCAGGGCUUUGGAGGAAUCUUUGUUUAUACCAGCGACCAAGCUCCAUCUGACUGUUGGAGUGAUGUGUCUCAUGGAUAAUGAGGAGAGGUUACUGGUGUCAAAACUGCUCACUGAAGCUAAGGAGCGGAUAAUCAUGCCUAUUAUACAGGAUCAUCUGCCAUUAAGAUUAAGAAUAAAAGGUUUAUCCUACAUGAAUGAUGACCCAAAAGAGAUAAAUGUUUUAUACAGUUGUGUUGAAGAGGAAAAUGCUCCAGCUGGAUUGUUACAAGAAAUGGUGGAUGCGAUAGUAGAUUUCUUUUAUAAAAAGGGGUUUAUGGAAAAGGAGUUUGGUCGGAAUAACGUUAAAAUGCACGUCACACUCCUCAAUACAAAAUAUAGAGGAAGGAGGGAAGAUGACGAUGACAGUAUGCCUCGGAACAGGGGAACAAGGCAGACUUUCGAUGGAACCGAUAUACUGAAUAAGUUCAAAGAUUACGAUUUUGGCGUUGUACAACUUACAGACAUUCAUUUAUCUCAACGUCAAACAAUUGGCCCUGAUGGGUAUUACCAACCAACAUGUGUAAUAAAUAUAUCUUAAGUUAUAUUUUGUCAAUGUUCUGUUCCAGAAGCUUUCAUAAACCUGU